AGAAUAUAUGAAUAAAUAGAAAGAGGUACAGUGAAUCUGUGCACACUGUUCUAAGACACAGGACAUCAGGGUUUGUUUAACUGGCCUAAGAGUCUAAUCACCGUGCAUCGCAGACAUGUCACUGUCUGACAAGGAGAAGACUCAGAUCAGGCUGGUGUUCCUGGGAGCAGCAGGUGUGGGGAAAACAUCGCUAAUUCAUCGAUUUUUGCAGGAUACCUUUGACCCCAAACACAGGAGGACAGUUGAAGAGUUACACAGCACAGAAUAUGAAACAACGGAUGGGACACAAGUAAAAAUUGAAAUUUUAGAUACAACUGGGAGUUAUGAAUUUCCAGCCAUGAGGAAACUGAGUAUGCAAAGUGGAGAUGCUUUUGCUCUGGUAUACUCUGUAGAUAACCCAGACUCCUUUGAGAUUGUGCGAAGAUUGCGGGAAGAGAUUCUUGAUGUAAAGGAGGAAAAAAGCCCAUCUAUGGUGAUAGUUGGCAACAAAAAAGACAAUGGUGAUACCCAGAAGGUUUUCUGGGAUGAUGUGACGACAACAGUUGGGAUGGAAUGGAACUGUCGCUUGUUGGAGACUUCAGCAAAGGAGAAUCUUAAUGUCACAGAGGUAUUCAGGGAACUACUGAGAGAUGUCAACCUACCGAGUCAACUAAGUCCCACUCUGAGGAAGAGGAGAGAGACUAUUCCCAAUGAGCAGAACUGCAAACCUCCAAUGAAUAAGACCAACAGCUGUAACAUCUGUUGAUACUUAACCUUCUCUAAGACUACAGCUGUCAAAGUUGAAAAAGAAUGGAGAUAGAUGGACACCAUUCCUAUCUUGGAAAAGGAUGCCCAGUAUAGGUGAUUUGUUCAUGUCAAAAGAACUACAAUUAAGUAUUGAUUGCUUUAUAUAGUGUGUGUUUGUGUAUAAAGAGGGGGCAUUUGGGUACAAAGUGCCAUUUUUUGCUCACACUAAAUCCAAAAUGUGUUUACAAAGCUACUGGGUGAGAUGUGAGAUUCUUUGGGUGAGAUGUGAGAUUCUUGCUCAUAAGUAGUGCUGAUAUCAAUGGAAUGUUAUUCCAUUACUUAUUACUGAUUAAAUAUCCCCAAAUUUUUAUUUGGUCACCUAAGGAAAGAUUGUUAUUCUUGUAUAAAUACAGCAUUACAUAUUACUGUGUAACUAUAGUGCUACAACUGUCACCAAUGAU